GGUGAGUCCUUCCUUCUUCCCAGUCUUUCUCCAUAGGCAAAGGGGGCUGUCUUGAAUGAAUUCUAGAGCAGAGCCUGUUCAGGGAUUUUCAUUUUUGAGAGAAGAGGAAGGAAAAGCAUCUUGGAUCUAAUUUGGUUCUUCAUCAAACACUUGUUUCAACAUGUGGAGACCCAACUCACCUGGACCUGAAGCAGCACCUGGGAGCAGUGGGGCAUCCUGGGGGGAAAUUACACAGAAGUUCCUGUGUGUGGAUCUUUAUAGCUUGAACAUACAACGCCAGCGCUUCAGGCAGUCCUCCUACCAAGAAGGUGAGAGACCCAGAGAGGUUUGUAGCCGCCUCCAUGAUCUUGGCCGCCAGUGGCUGAAGCCAGAGCAACACACCAAGGCGGAGAUGCUGGACCUGGUGAUCCUGGAGCAGUUCCUGAGCAUCCUGCCCCCAGAGAUGGGGAGCUGGGUCCGAGAGUGUGGGGCAGAGACCUCUUCCCAGGCGGUGGCCCUGGUGGAAGGCUUCCUCCUGAGUCGGGCAGAGGACGAGAAGCAGGAAGGACAGGCCCAAAAUAACUGUAUUGAAGUCCACCUUGAUGUCCCUGAAUCUGAGAAACCUCCAUCAAACACCACCCAGAGACUCCAGCAGAAGGAACCGAAGCAGGAAGGAGAAGGGGCUGCAGCCUUGCACGGGGCUGGAAUGAUGUUGUUGCCGAAUCCUCAAUCGUUUCUUCCCCUUUGUGAUGAAGUGGAAGUGAAUGAGGUAAGCAGAAGGAUUCCUGGGAGAGGAGGAAGGGAGCUGCCUGGGGGGUCAUUUCUUCCAGGCUUCAUCAUCAAACAUCUCUUGAAACAGAAAAGAUUGAAUGGGAGUUUCUUAAAAGUGAGAUACUGA